GAGACCUCAGGUUAGAUUGGCCACAAUUGUGUCAUUAGAAAGAAGCAACCUAACAAAUGUUCAUUUGCGUUUGAUAUCUCAUUUAAUAACACUUUUUGUGGUCUGGUUGGUUGACCAUUUGAACACUUGAUAGAGUUGAGACAAGAGAAGAAUCUUCAUCAGCCUCCUUGCUCCUCAGUUUCUUUUUGUAGGCUCCAGCAUUAUAAUAUUUUUCCCCCCCGCUUUACAUGUAAAUAGCUAGUUUUUUUUUUAAUUACUUUGCAGCUACAGAUUUGUCAAGAUGAAGGACCGACUCGCCCAGCUCAAGGAGACCAGUGAUGCUGGGGGCGAUGAUAUUGACAUUCCUAUGGAAAAUGAAUCUUUCAUGGAUGAUUUCUUUGCCCAGAUCGAGGACAUCCGCUCCAGUAUCGAUAAGAUCGAUGAGAGUAUAACAGAAAUCAAAAAACUCUACUCCACAAUCUUGUCCGCCCCCACAUCUGACCAGAAAACUCAGGACGACCUGGAAGCAGUCACCAACACAAUUAAGAAGUCAGCCAACAAUGCAAGAAACAAACUUAAAAGUAUUGAACACCAGCUUGAGACAAACACGGAUGAGAGAGCCUCAGCUGACCUCAGGAUAAAGAAAUCACAGCAAGCCAUCCUGGCCAAGAAAUUUGUAGAGGUGAUGACAAAAUACAACGAGGCACAAGUCGACUUCAGGGACAAGAGUAAAGGACGGAUUGCCCGACAGCUGGAAAUCACUGGCAAAGCGACUACUGAUGAGGAACUAGAAGAGAUGCUCGAGGGAGGAAACUCCACUGUCUUCUCUGCUGGGAUUAUGGAUUCCAAAAUCAACCAGCAGGCCCUAAAUGAGAUUGAGGCUCGGCACAAAGACAUCAUGAGGUUGGAGAGCAGCAUCAAAGAACUCCAUGACAUGUUUGUUGAUAUCGCCAUGUUGGUUGAGAACCAGGGUGGCAUGAUUGACAGAAUUGAGAGCAACAUGGACCAGUCCGUGGGUUUUGUAGAAAGAGCAGUGGCCGACACCAAAAAAGCUGCCAAGUUCCAGCAAGAAGCACGCAGGAAACAAAUGAUGAUCUUCUGUUGCUGUGUGAUACUGUGCCUAAUCCUUGGUUCAUUCUUGUACAGCUUUAUAAAAUAGAAACCGUGUUUACAUCCUUUGACUGGCGACGUCAAAACAAUAAAAGGAAAAUCAUCUCAUCUGUAAUCUGAUAUUUUUACAUAAAAGGUCAUAAUCCAAAGACAUGCACCUGGGGAUAGGUUGAUUGGCAACACUAAAUUGGCCCUAGUGUGUGAAUGUGAGUGUGAAUGUUGUCUGUCUAUCUGUGUUGGCCCUGCGAUGAGGUGGCGACUUGUCCAGGGUGUACCCCGCCUUCCGCCCGAAUGCAGCUGAGAUAGGCUCCAGCGACCCCGAACGGGACAAGUGGUAGAAAAUGGAUGGAUGGAUGGAUGGUCAAAAUCCUCUGCUUGGAUUUGACGCAGUGUAAUAAUGUUGCUUUCAUUUGAACUUUGACUACAGUAUACCCACAUAUCUGCCACCAAUUUAAAUGCCCUGAAAAUAGUUGAAGAGUUGUUGUGUCACACAUGAAAAAAGUCUAAUACACAUAAUUGUAAUUUAAUUGACAUGAAUAUAUGUGGGCAAAAUAUACUUUGGCUGUUAUAUUCUGGAUUAUGUGUAUUUUUUGGGUGGUCAUUUUGUGUACUUAAUUUGGAAAUACUUUCUCCCUUUUCUGUUUUUUAUUUAGUUACCGUAUUUUCCGGACCAUAGGGCGCACCGGAUUAUAAGGCGCACUGCUGAUGAGCGGGUCUAUUUUCAUACAAAAGGCGCACCGGAUAAUACGGCGCAUUAAAGGGGUCUUUUUUCUUUUUUUUUUUCUAAAUGUAAAACACUUCCUUGUGGUCUACAUAACAUGUAAUGGUGGUUCUUUGGUCAAAAUGUUGCAUAGAUUAUGUUUUACAGAUCAUCUUCAAGCCGUUUUCUGACAGUCGCUUCCGGAUGCGCCGUUUU